AUGUUUCAACGCACGCUUCCAUCGCUUUUUCUGGCGACGUCCCCGGCCUGGAUGAAGGUUAUGGUGGGGGUGAAGCGCGUGGUGGACUACACGGUCAAGGUACGUGUCAAGGGCAACAAGGUCCAAAGUGAGGGGCUCAAGAUGAGUGUGAACCCGUUUGAUGAGAUUGCCAUUGAGGAGGCCAUUCAACUGAAGGAAAAAAAACUUGCGGACGAAGUAAUUGCGGUGACGAUAGGCAACAAAAAAGCGGAAGAGGUUCUUCGCACGGCAAUGGCCCUUGGAUGCGACAAGGCUAUUCAUAUUGUCACUCCCGAUGGAGAGGCAGAAGGACUUGAGCCCUUAGCGGUGGCAAAGAUUUUCCAGAAGCUUCACGAAGAGAUGAAGCCGGACAUGUGGAUUUUGGGGAAACAGGCAGUGGACGGCGACCUCGGAACCACACCGCAGCUACUGGCGGGACUUCUUGACAUACCGCAGGGAACCUUCGCCUCAAAGCUCGAGGUCAACGAUGGAAAGGUGAGGGUGACGCGCGAGAUUGAUGCCGGUCAUCAGAUUGUCGAGCUGCAGCUGCCUUGCGUUAUCGCUGCGGAUCUCCGCCUCAAUACGCCUCGUUUCCCAAAGCUCCCCAACAUUAUGAAGGCACGAAAAAAACCCAUUGACGCUCGCGAUGUGUCUUCUUUAGGUGUGGACGUGAAGCCGCGGCUGGCGAGGGAGGCGGUGAUGGAGCCACCCCCGCGAAAGGCCGGCAUUAAGGUAAAAUCUGUGGAGGAACUGUACGACAAGCUGCACAAUGAGGCCAAGGUAAUUUAG